GGCGAGGUCGUGCGGCUGAGGGCCAAGCGCGCGCUCGUCGGCGCCGGCGCCAGGGUGCUCUUCUACCCGACGCUUCUCUACAACGUCCUGCGCAACCAGUUCGAGGCGGAGUUCCGGUGGUGGGACCGCGUCGACCAGUGCAUUUUGCUAGGAGCUGUUCCUUUCCCAAGUGAUGUUCCACGUUUGAAGCAACUUGGAGUUCAGGGAGUUGUAACAUUGAAUGAGCCUUAUGAGACUCUGGUGCCAAUGUCCUUGUACCAGGCCUAUGGGAUUGAUCACCUUGUGAUUGCCACAAGAGACUACCUGUUCGCACCAUCCCUUGAAGAUAUUUGUCGAGCCAUUGAUUUUAUCCACCGCAAUGCGUCACAAGGUGGAACUACUUAUGUUCACUGUAAAGCUGGUAGAGGACGAAGUACCACUAUUGUUUUGUGCUAUUUGAUCAAAUAUAGGAACAUGACUCCUGAAGCAGCUUUGGAUCAUGUACGAUCCAUUAGGCCCCGAGUGCUUUUGGCACCAUCACAGUGGCAGGCUGUUAUCGUAUUUAGCACUCUCACCACUGGACGUCUUCCAGUAAGGAGUACAAACCUAAACUGUUACCUAGAAGGCACCAAAGCCUCCAUUCCUGACAGUGAUAUCGAGGACUGCACGGUGGAGUUUGAUUACGAUGAUAGCGGUUUACCUCUUUGUCAAGUUAUGGUACCGAGGCCAAGCAGUCCAACUGGAUGUGUCGAUGCAGUGUUCAUAACGGAAGCAGAUCUGGAGGGCUACGAUGCAUAUGUUGAUACCGGGAAGGAUGUUGUGACAUUUGAAGUAGUAGCCAGUCGCAAGCCCAUUAUGAGGAGACUAUCGUGCCUCUUUGGAUCAUUGAAAGUUACCAGCAACUGUGAGCCAGCCCCAAGCCGAUUUACCGAGGUUCGCGCCUGCUAGGCAGGCCUGCUACUCGCUCUACGCAAUUUUCUCCGUGUUGUGAGUCAAGAUAUAUGGGACAUCAGUAGAUAGGCAGGCAGUCAGCCAGUCAGGCAUCGUAGAAAUAUGGAGGUUUCUACAGCCACGGCAAACGCCACCGGGAAGAAGCUUUGUGUGCAUAGGGAGAUGGAGAGUUUACAGUUGUGAAUGUGCCGAUUGCCUUUUUUUUCACUCGGAAACAUGUGGUUUGAUAUCACCAUUGUUCUUUGGAAUAAAAAGCUGAUCAUGUUUGGUGUCAGUAUAUUUCUGUUAGUUCAUGUCUUUUGGAAUAAAACAAUGUUGGAAAACGUUCA